UCAUAGAUGGCGCAGUGCGGUAAGAAAUAAAUAAAGAUAUUGGUCGCCAUUGUUGUUGGAUAUAGAAUUUAGAAUUUGAAUUGUUUACAAAAUGCACUGUGUGGUUCCAAACUGCUCAAAUAGAACUGAAAAAGGUGUUCGGCUUUUUAUGUUUCCUCAAGGGGAUAAUAAUGAAGAACGAAGACAACAGUGGAUUCGCAAUGUUGAUAGGACAGACUUGCCACAAAAACCAUUUCUUUGUGAGGUACACUUUGAAAAUGACCAGUUUGAAAAUAACAGACAAGACCAGAGAAGACUCUUAAAACCUGAUGCUGUUCCAACUAUAUUUCCACAUAAAUCUAAGAUGCUUGCUGAAUCUGACCAAAACGAAUCAAAUGAUGAUUCUGAAUCACAAGGAGAAAUUAGAAGGUCUUCAAGAAAAAGGAAACCUAUUAAGUUUGAAGAUUAUGACUCAGGAGGCGAUGAUAAGGAAUCAGCAAAAGAAAAUCAGGACAAAAUAUAUAUGCCUGAAUUAAUUAGAUGUAGAACAUGCUUAGGUACAGAAGUAAAGGAGUCUGCACAUAUUAUGAAGAAAAUGAUUUAUGGAAAGACCAUCAAACAAAUAAUACUGAUAUGUACUCCAGAAUUAGAAUCAUCUAUAUUAGACAUGGAAUGUAUUUGUCAGAAGUGUUAUAGAUUUUUAUCGAAACUAAUGUAUUUUAUAGAAAGUUGUAGAGAUUCUGAAGAAAAGCUUCGAUCAGGAGAAAUCUCAUUGGACAAAGUCUCUAUUGAUGAUCCCAAACUAGUAAGAAGCAUAGAUUCAGGUGAACCUACUGUCAAAAGAAAACGUGGAAGACCUAGAAAAGAUGAACAGAGAGUUGUAGUUGCCAGUGAGAAGAAAGUUGUAGUUGCCAGUGAGACUCCUACAAUAAAAAGAAAACGUGGAAGGCCUAGAAAAAUUAAAACAGAGGAGAAUGAAGAGGAUGAAACCUCUAAAGUACUAGGGUCUGAUGUUCCGGAGGAUGUUAAGGAUGUUAAAAAAGAAGUAGAUCUCGAUGCCACGAACAUAUCAGAAGAAGUUGUUGAAGAGGCUGUUGGUAUAGAAGAAACUAUAGAAUUCAUUGACCAACAAACAAAUAAAAGCGAAAUUAUUCAAAUUAUCUUUGAAAGCGACAAUGAAAAAUCAAAUGAACAACAAAUUGAAAUCGGCGACAACGUGAUUUUAGUGGAAACAUCAAAUGAGGAUGAUAAAAAUGUACCAAAGGAUUUGGAGACUAUCGCUAGUGAUCAUUCUUAUUUGCCAAAGCCAAUACAAAAACUCUUGAGUUGUUCUUAUUGCCAGUCCGACUAUAGAACGCUAAGAGGCAUCAAAACGCAUCUCAUACAAGUUCACGGCAUUCAAGUGAACCAAGAUACUGAGUGCAGCCUGUGUAAAAUGAAAUUUAUUAGAUACAAGGAUAUGAUGAGACAUAAGGUCAGUCAUGGACAUAUAUGUAUUCAGUGUGAUAAAAAUUUUACAACUCGUGCAGAAUUAGAGGUACAUCAAUCAAUCCAUCCGGAGAUAUUUAGUUGUACACAGUGUGGAAUGAAAUUUAAAACAGAGGAAGUACUGAAGAAACAUACCCCUUUACAUUUGAUGAUGAGCCAAAUUUGUAUGCAGAUUCAAAAUACUAGCGUAGAGUGUCCCAGUUGCGACUUGCAAUUUAGUACUGAACAGUCAUUAAGGAUGCACACAAGGUUAAAACAUCCCACGGAUUCACCUGCUGCAUCUUUCACUUGUUCAGAAUGUGGACAAAAGUAUAGAAGGAAAGAAUAUUUAGAUGCGCACAUAAAAACUCACCGUUCCAGAUUUAGUCUUUUUCAUAAUCCCAACAGGAAAACUUACAGCAAGGCUUUUAACACUGCAGAAAAAACAUACAAAUGUCAGUUUUGUGAGACUAAAACAAACUCCAUAGGAACUCUUAUUGAGCACUUGUCUGAUCAUGCAGAUUUAAGAAAGUUUCAAUGUAAACAUUGCGGCUUAAAAUCUUCCUCCCUACGAGAUUUGUCGAUGGAAUUUAUACACGAAAGAAAAUAUGGUGUUUAUCUUAUAACAUGCAGCGAGUGUUGUAAGAAAUACAAAAAUGAAGAAGAGUUAAAGAAAGACGACGAAAACAGUGACACGAAACAAUUCAGCUGUAAUAUUUGCAAUGAUUCCUUUACUCAACUUAUCCAAAUUGAAUGUCACGUUCUUAGUAAACACAUACAGAACUUAGAAGAGAAAGCUAAUAGCGUCCAAACAGCGGACAACGAACAUCAAAUGGAUAUCGUAAAUGAUACAGCCAUCGAUCUAAUUAAGAUGGAGGAACAAAAUUCUCUGAAAUCUGAGGUUAAAAAGAAAACUGGUGUGAAUAUUACUAAAGAAGCUAUUGAAAAUGAUUGGGAUUCGGAUCCAGAAUCCCCUCAACCCAUCGAAAUAGCAGAGACGAUAAAAGAGAUCCCACCAAAUAAAGAAGUUGAGCAUAAAGAAGAGAGACUGAAAAUAGAAAAAGAUAUUAAAAACGAUUGGGAUUCGGAUCCAGAAUCCCCUCCACCAAUCGAAAUAGAAUCAGCAGAGACGAUAAAAGAGAUCCCACCAAAUAAAGAAGUUGAGCCUAAGGAAGAGGAACUGAAAAACGAAAUUGAUGGUUUUGAGGAAUCUUGUGUCAGUAUCGAUCUGACGGAGGAAGAAUCGCAAGAAUGUCAAAAAGGAUAGCAUGUCAGUGAUUAGAUAAGUUACAUGUGUAUAUAUUUUAUAUAGAAUUACGCCAGUCAAUGAGAACAAGAACAGGAUCUUCUUCUUCACGUACCAUAUCAGAAUUAUCAGACGUUGGCGAUCACCAUUGCGAAGGCUUCUCGAUCUUCUGCAAUAUGGAAUAAUUGUAACAGGAUAUUACCUCCGAAUUCUAACCUACUGCACGGAUUUUAAUGAAAUUUUGGGAAUAGUCUCUACUUAUCCCCUAAUUCAAAGUCUACCCUAUACACUAUGGCGCUUUUACCUUUGGUGACGGUUCCCACCCUUUCUCGGAGGUGCAAAAUUGUUUGGUUAAAAUAACUACGGAAGUGGCUGGUGAACCUAAUUCUAAGUAAAAAUUGUUCUAUAAUUUUUUUUUUGAAAACUCAAUAUUUUUUCAGUUUUUAUACAAAAAUACAAGAGAUUUGUGCCUUUAUAAAUCUUCUGGCUAUAAUACAAAAAGAGAUAUGGUAGGUGAAAAGAGUUUGUUUUUUUUUGUGCAUGCUCAAAUCGGUGUAUUCAACUUAAAAUAACAGAGAAACGGUCGACUUUAGGUGUAUAAUGCUUCAGAUAUCUUUUGUAGUGCUUGAAAAGACCUUUAAAAUGAGUAAUAUUAAAUGUCGAUUACAUUUAAACUAAGCGAAAUAUGCUGCAAAAAAAUUGAUAUUCUUUUUCUCAUGAUCAUCUUUCAGUGCGUCACAGUUUUUCGAUUUCUUUCUAACGCAUUAAAUUGUAUGUAACAGAAAAAAAGGCACGUCGGUGAUUACAUUUCGUCGGUGACAUUUAUAACAUUUAUUCUAGUUAUUCUAGUUGUCGAUAGAUGGCGCCAUAAUAAAAAAAUAUAUAUUUUUUUAAUUAGAUAAUAAUAUUACAAAUAUAAUCUGUAUAAUUUAUAAGACUAUACAAAUCAAAGAAAAUACCAUUUUAUAAAUGCAAGAAACACAUUUGAUUUGUUUUUAUUCCAAAUUGAAAAUAAAAUGUGACAACUGUCAGAUUUAACUAAAAUGUCAUGUUAGAAUAAAUGUGUAUUAUCACGGACUUACCCUUUUUCCUAUCAUUUGUUACGCACUGAAAAAUGAUCAUGAAAAGGACAAUACCACCGAACAACAAUACUAACACCGUUGUUCGGUGACAAUACUAACCAGUUAAUUGAACUUAAUUAACCUAUAAAAUGCCAUAAGUGUCAAAAUUACAAACAGUGGUGUAAACUUGCCUGGGGUUGGACCAAUUACAAACAAGCAUUACGACGCGGUAAAUUUGAAUUACUCCUCCUGGUUUAAAAACAAACCAUAUAUUGUUAUGCUUAUGGAUAUAUUUAGGUAUAUUCUUCUUCUCCUUCUUUAGUUUAUUGGCCUCCACCUACUUGGGUAUUUGGCCAGUUCAUCGUCGCGCAAUAAAGGGAAAAUAUUUAAAUUCUGAUGGCAUUUAUCGUAUGUGAUUGUAAUAAUAUAUACCAGUUUGUCGAGAUUGGAGUUUGAUACAGUUUUUGAAGGAAAUGAAAGAAGAUUUACUAUGGAAAAUAGAACCAUUUUGUAAAAGUACAAGUUUUUUAUGAUUAGUUCAAACGAUCAAAAACACUUGUAACGUCACAUAACUGUAUUUUCAACUGGCGUUUAUAAUGUCUAAUUUAAAAUUGUAUAAACUUGUAAUAUUUCAAAUUAAAAUAUAAAAUAAAAUUAGUUAUUUGAAAAUCAUAUCACAAUGAAUUUAAAGAAGGGAAUAUUAGUCGAGAAAAUGAAGCAUUUUGGCUCGCAAUUUUUUCGUCCAGCAUGGAUUUACUUGAAAUUUUCACAGAAGGUAGGGAAUAGUCCAAGGAUCAUUUUCUAUAUCAUGCCGCUGUACGCUAAAACCUUAAAGGUGGUUGCCACCCCAUCUCGGGGGUGGGAAUUUUUUAUUACAUUUUACCAUGUAAAUCGAUGUAAAAAUUCAAGAAAAAAAUGUUUUUUACAUAAAACUAAUAUUUUUCGAGUUAUUCGCGCUUGAAAGUAACAGUUUUUCGAUGAAAAAAUCGACUUUUUUAGAGGGUUUUUUGAGAAUACCUCGAAAAAUAUGCAUAUAAUAAAAAAACUGUAGAUAUCAGAAUUGUAUCUUUUAGUAACUGAAACCAAAUUCUUUUUCUGUAAUAUCUUUAAGACCAAUACAAACCGAGAUACGGCAUGUUAAAAGUUAGCUUUUUUCGUCAAAUGCAUAAUUUGAAAUAUUCAAAGUAAAAUAACGGAAAAACUUUGCAUUUUUCGAAGAAAACUUAAAUAAUCUUUUUUCAAGUAUACAGCUAGGCCUCUCAAAAAAUAAUAAUAAAAAGUUUUUAGCCUUAAAAUUAAGCGACUUAUGAUCAAAAAAGGUCGGUGCCUGCUUUUCUCUAUGAAAAACUCAGUGAAAACAACCCCCUAACUACCCUCCUAAUUAAAAAUUGGUCUUCACCUUUCUGUAAUUCCUUUUAUAUUAAUAUUAUCAAUACACCCAAGAAGUUUGACCUAUUUAAAAGGCCUAAUUUUAGAAAAAUUGGAGUUUAAAAAAAUUUAAUUUUUUGGAAUUUCCCAUUCUUCACCUUUUACUUCAAAAUAUCUCGGAAAAAACUGGAGAUACGAAAAAAAUGAUUAACUACUAAAUUGUAGCUUUUUUAAUAACUAAAAUUACAUUGUACAUAGAUUUUCAUUACAGUAAACAUUUAGCGAGAUAUAGCUGUUUAAAACCUCUAUUUACGAGCAAACACCCCCUUAUUCGAGCCCUUUAAACCCACCCUAAUUAAAAACUAAGAAAUCUUACGGAAUUUAGUUUACACAGUCUUAUAACUCUUUAAAAAUUCUACAAAGUCAUUUUUGAAAAAACCUUUUAUCGCCAAAAGUGAAGGAGCUAUGUUUAUAAAACAAAUUUUUUUCUCGAAAAAUUCGGAUAGUCCGCUUAUGGAUAAUUCUCAAUGUAUGUAUAAUACCACAGAACCGGUUCGUAUACUGGAAGAUGACUAAAAAACUAUUUGUAUUUGUACAUAUUUGUAAAUUCGUAUUUUUGUGUAAAUAAAUGUUUUUGUAAUUCUUUAAUUCUACUUUUUUUUUCUGUAUAGAUCUAUUAAAAUAUGUACUUAUUACUUAUAAAAACUGUAAUAUUAUUAAGGGUUGAAAUAUUAUGAUAUUAUAUCCUAAAGUAUAAAACAAUCAUUAUUUUAACCAAUCAAAACCAAAUUUUAUCCAUAUUAAAGUUUACAAUGUUUUAUAUAAUUUUUGAUAAUAAGGGGUAGUUGACACCCCUAAAAAUAAUCAACGCCUUUAAGCAUGAUAUAGAAUAUGAAGUACAGGGUUAGAUGAUCCUAAUUCCAAAUUUUUAUGUAAAUCGAUGCAAGCCGAAAUUAUUCUUUUAGGAUAAGUAAAUUUUUUAUAUAUAGCUACUACAAGGGUGGUUUUAAGGGUUGAAAUAUUAUGAUAGUAUAUCUUAAAGCAUAAAACAAUCAUUAUGUAACUAAUAGGUACCAAAUGUUGACAAUAUUAAAGUUUUAAAUGAUAUUUUAUAGUUUUUUACAAUUAGGGGUAGUUUUCACCCUUAAAAAACCAAAAGCGUACAACGGCUCAAUAUAGAAAAUGAACUAGAGGGUGUAAUGAGCCUAAUCCCAAAUUUUUGUACAAAUCGAUGCUGGACGAAAAAAUUGCGAGAUUUUGCCAUUUUUUCAGUUUCAUUUCCUCGACUAUAUGGAAAAAUCCAGACCUUUUGAAAAGAGGAUUCCCUUCCAGUUAGUCUAAAUACGAGGACUGGCCAAGUACCUAAGAGGUGACGAAACUACAAGAAGAAGAAGUACACUUGUGUUUACUUUUUUUUUGCGGAAUGUAAACAUAUAGCCCGAUGACGUCACGACCCCUUUUGGGCUGGCUGGUAUAAUUUGAAUUUUUAAUCGGCUUUAGGAGCCAAACGAAAGACAAACAAAACUUUUUUUCUUUGAUACAUGUUUUAAAUUAUGUUCUGUUGUGAUUUAUAACAUUUUUUUGGAAUUUAAAAUUUUAUGCAAGUUCCCUAUAAUGUUCAUUUCAUUUAUAAAAAGGUAUGUUCUUUGAUUUGUAUAGUCUUAUAAAUUGUACAGAUUAUAGUCGUAUAUAUAAUAUAUAAAUAAUUUUUUGUUGGAUUAUAGCGCCAUCUAUUCCAACAACUAGAAUACAUUUUACAAACGAUUUUAAUCGCGGACGUACUUUUUUUUCUGUUACUUCCAACUUAAUGCAUUAGAAAGAAAUCGAAAAACUGCGACGCACUGAAAGAUGCCUCUGAGGAGUAUACACCGAUUUGAACAAGCACCAAAAAAAUCUUUUUUCACCUGCCAUAUCUCUUUUGUAUUAUAACUAGAAGAUCUAUGAAGGAACGAAUCUCUUUGUUUUUUGUACGCUACAAAAAUGUUUUAUAUAGUGUUUUUAGUUAGAUGCAUAGUUUUUAAGGUAUUUCCAAAAAACUGCCCGAAAAGGUGUCAUUUUUCAAUGAAAAUGGCCAAUUUUCAACCACGAAUAACUCAAAAAGUAUCGAGAAAAAAAUUAGAACAGUUUUUGCUUAGAAUUAGGUUCUCUAGCCACUUCCGUGGUUAUUUUGACCAAAAAGUUUCCACCCCCUUGAAGGGGUGGGAACCGUUCCCCAAGAUAAAAAGCGCCAUAGUAUAUAGGGUAGACUUUGUUUGUGAAAAUAUUAAGUAAAUUUAUGUAGUAGGAUGGAAUUCGGAGCCAAAUACCCUCAUUGACUGCUCUAAAUAGUGUAUUAAUAUUUUUAUAAACAGCUUAUUAAGUGAUGAUUUAGGAUUGAACUAUUUUACAGUGCUACAAAUACUUCUAUUUUUUUUUUGUAAUAUAGUGUUUAAGUUAAUAAA